AUGAUGACCAAUUCCGGACAGUCAGGCUGCGGCCUAGUUCGAAGCUUUGUAAAGACUUGGAUUUCUGCCGGUUCUCUGGAUCUGUUCGAACUACGCAAAGAUAGUCCGGCGGAAUCAGAUUGCAACGAGCGGCGCCGUUCUGUAAGCCGGCUGCCCAAGAAAAACCUACCCAAGGAUCGCGAGGCAAGGUGGUCUGAGAGUGCUUUAGAGAUGGAGACUGCUGCUGUCUCUGGCAAAACUCGCAAGCUUUUCCCCCUCAAUUGGUCCACCGGUCUCAGGAAGCCUGGUGUCAGUGAAGUUAUUUGA